AUGUGGAAAUGUUACCCUCUUCGCUGUCCUGCAGCCACCGGCGUCUUCGGCUGUUUCAAACGCUUGCAGGACGGAUAUAGCGCGUGGUGUGCUGCUGUUUCCAACCAGGAAACGGCAUCGGCGAAGACAAGCAGCCGCGGCAGUGGAGCCGAAAACACCGAAAACCUCCAAUUACCCAUUCACACUAACCCCAAUGCAUGCCCUCGUAGUGUGCUUGUUGUCCCUGCAGGUGAUAUUAAGGAUGCGCUCCGACGACAGAAGCGGUAUGAUGUAGUCGCUGAUGUCGUAAUGCUCGACUUAACACGUGGCGUUUUUGGCGGAAGCGACCGCAGCGGUGGAGCUUCGGAAGCGCGGGAUCGUCUCCUGCGUUUUCUUCGCGAAAGUGUGCGGGGAGACCACAUGGAAGGGUGCAGUGACGACGGUGAGUGGAAGACACAAAGUGGGGAGGGGACGGUGGGUCAAAUUUUCAAUGGAGGACGAGCACGCUGGGUUGUGCGUGUCAACUCUCCGGAGUUUGAUGCAGCAAGAGGAUUCCUUGACAUGGAGCUUGUUGGCGUGUUGGGUGACCUCAUUGAGGGCGUGGUGCUGCCAUCGGUUACGGCAAACACAUAUGAGUUGGUUCAGGAGUUCAUCCACCCCAGUCACAAACUAUGGGCAGCAUUCAACACACCCUUGUCCGUGCUACAGGCAUCUGCGGUUUGCGCACAGGGGCACUAUCGGUAUGCCAUAGUCGACCGUGAAGAACUCGCGUAUGAAAUGCAGUACCCAAGCGUUAAUAGCGAAAAACGCUCCGGUAGCUUGAACUUUUCCGAAGAUGUUGAGGCCACCCAACUGAAGCAUGUUCGUUCGCUCCCAGCGCUUCACAGUGCUUGUCAGGUCAUGACUGCGGCCAAGGCGCACGGGAUGUAUCUCUUCGACGGUGGAUUCAGUGAUGUUUCCGACUCUAUUGGCUUCCGUCAUGAUAUGCAGCGGUGUCGUGCUUUUGGGUUUGACGGACGGGUGGUGCUGCGGCCAUCGCAGAUUGCGGCGUGUCAUGAGGCUUUCGUUCCAACGUCUGAGGAAGUGGAGUGGGCCAAGGCUGUGCAGCGGACUCAUUGCAUGGACCAGUACAACGUUAAUGGCGACAAUGCUACAUCGGUGGGAGGAGAUGCCACAUGUCGGCGACAGCGUGCAGCACUCAUUUUGGAGCGCCACGCCGCGGUCCAGUGGUAUAACAGGAAUCCCCAGGAUGAUGGAAUGGAUAUGCAACGUAAGGGUGCCGGUGGCAACGUGCCACAAGGAUCGGUCGUUUAG